AUGACGUCGGACAUUCGCUGUUACAAUCAUAGCUACAUUUUCUUCAGUGUAUCCUACAAUUACUCCAUCGUUGGUUCCAGAAUAAUUCGAUCAAAUUCGGAUUACCGCGUGGCGGUUACGACGUUCGAUGUAAAGACCCCAAUUGCAUUCCGUAUAUCCAUCGUAACGGAAGGUACAACCAUCAAAAGCGAAGACGUGACGUUAUCCAGCAAUGAUUCACGCAUCAUUUGUCUUCCGAUUGGUAAUAUUGAAGAAAAAGACUACGAUCUGGUCGUGGAAGGGCUUUCGGGAAUUGUCUUUCAGAAAAAGGCCGCACUAGACUAUGACAACAAGUAUUGCUCCGUUUUGAUUCAAACCGAUAAGUCUGUGUACAAACCGGGUGAUGCCAUACGUUACCGGGUGCUGUUGGUGGAUCGCGAUAUGAAGCCACUUUCAGUGGACAAUGCAGCGACCGUUUACGUUUGUGACGGCAAAGCCAAUCGAAUUCAGCAAUGGAGCAACGUCUCGGUAAGCGAACUGGGAGUUUUCGAAGCGGAACUUCCACUCUCAACGGAACCUGUACUCGGCGAGUGGACCAUAUUCGUCGAUGUUCAUGGAGUGAAACAAUCUAAAACGUUCGAUGUCGAUAAGUACGUUCUGCCAACGUACGAGGUGACGGUGGAAAGCCCCGGUUACACGUUCCUCGAUGAUGAUCUGCUGAAGGUGGUCAUCAAUUCGAAAUACACCUACGGCAAGCCAGUGGUUGGAGAGCUGAAGUUGUCUGUGAAGCAGAGCACGCCGAAUUAUGGAUUCUUCGGACGCAGCGUAAACCAAUCUACAAUGUUCUGCCAGAAGGUGCAACCGAUCGAUGGCAAGGCGAUCGUGGAGAUCGACUUGAAGGGGAUUCUCAAAUCGAUGGCAUAUAUUCGGGAGCUUGCGAUCGAUGCGGAAGUGUGCGAAACGCUGACUGGGCGCACGCAGAAAGGAUCCACCAAUGUGGUGUUGCACGAGCAUCGUUACAAUUUUCGUUUGAUUGAAGAAUCGCCCUAUUUUCCCGGACUACCGUACAAUGCCUGGGUUCAGGUGUCGCACCCGGAUGGCAGCCCCGUGCAGGAUAGCACCGAAAAAAUAGAGAUUUCGUUGCGAAAUUCCAACAUAGCUUUGUUUCAGCAAUCCUCGACGCUAGACAACGAUGGCAUGGUUAAACUAAGCGUCGAUCUGGAUAAGUUCGAUUUCGAUUAUCUAAGCGUGGAGGUACUGUAUCGAGGCAAGAACCACUACAUCCAGGGAAUUAACAAACCCCGCGCACAUCAAGAUGCGCUAAUGCAGGCGAACCUUACUGAAAAAGAACCCUCGCUAGGAAAGGAGUUAAAGUUUGUGGUGGCUUGUACAAAACCACUGAAAUUUGUGGCGUAUACUCUACUGUCAGGAGGUGAGCUGCUGGCGGCUGGUUCAGUUCAUGGUUCAGAUUCAAACACAGUCAGUAUUACACUUUCAUCAACGUACCGCAUGGUUCCGCGUGCGAAGCUGUUGAUGCAUUACAUUAGCAACACAGGGUAUAUCGUCACCAGCUGUACCAAGGUCACGUUUAAAGGUGUAUUUGAAAACGAGAUCCAUCUAAGCCUAUCUAAGGACGAAGUGCAACCGGGAGAAUCGAUCGACAUUGAUAUACGAGCGGGAAAAGAUUCAUACGUCGGGCUGCUAGCGGUGGAUCAGAGCGUUCUGCUGCUGAAGUCCGGAAACGAUAUCGUUCGUGACGAUGUAGUGCAACAGCUAGAACAGUAUGAAUCGGCGAAAAGCUAUCGCGGUGGAUGGGACGAUCUGUCCGAUUGUCAGGAUGCUGGUGCGGUGUUAUUGUCAAAUCGACUAGUUCCUAUACGCAUAUUUCCAGAGGCGGCGUUGUUUGCAUGUGCCUCUCCGAUGGGAGGAUUUGGAGCCCCUCCAGUGAUGAUGCGAAGUUGCCAAAUGAAAAUGGCUGAUAAUAUUGUUGCUUCGGUAGAUUCCAGCCAACCGGCGGUUCGAACUAAAUUUCCUGAGACGUGGAUAUGGGAAAGCAUAAAAUCCUGUAAGGAAGAGGAGUGCAUUAAAAAAAUCGUGCCCGACACGAUAACGUCCUGGAUCAUCACGGGAUUCGCGCUCAGCAAGACCCGUGGCAUUGGACUGGUGGACGCUCCUUCGAAGAUAAAUGUGUUUCUACCGUUUUUCCUUUCGAUCGACCUACCAUAUUCGGUGAAGCUGGGAGAAUCCGUACGCAUACCGGUGAUCGUAUUCAACUACACCGAUGCUGAUCAAGCUGUAGAUGUUGUGUUCUUCAACAAGGACAAUGAAUUUGCAUUCAUAUCUGAUGAAAACGGUGCUAACGUGCAUGAAGACAAUAAUCGACAGGUAAAAUCUUUGGUGCCUUGCAAUAGCGGAAAAACAUUUUCAUUCACGAUCAAACCAGAAAAGGUGGGGCACAUUACGCUGAAGCUGAUGGCUAAAUGUCCUUUAGCGGGUGAUGCCAUUGAAAGGCAGCUACUUGUGGAGCCGGAAGGGCUACCACAGUACGUCAACAAGGCAUUACUGAUCGAUCUGCGUUCGGCGAAAGAGGUCCAGCAAACGUUCAACGUCGACAUACCGGAGGAUGCAGUGCCGAAUUCGACGAAAGUUGAGAUAUCCGUAAUUGGCGAUGUGCUAGGAUCGUCGAUUGAAAAUCUUGAAUCACUUAUACGGAUGCCAUUCGGGUGUGGUGAACAAAACAUGCUCAAUUUCGUGCCCUGCAUUUUGGUGUUGGAUUACCUGAAGGCGUGCGGACGUUUGUCCGUGACAGUCGAGAGCAAAGCGAAGAACUGCAUGUUGGUAGGCUAUCAACGAGAGCUCACGUACAAGCAUCAGGAUGGAUCAUUCAGUGCGUUUGGUGAGAGUGAUAAAAGCGGCAGCACCUGGUUGACGGCAUUCGUGGCGAAGUCCUUCCAGCAAGCAGCAAAGCACAUCACGAUCGAGGAGAACGUCAUCGACAAGGCGUUAUUCUGGCUUACCACAGUCCAGGCGGCCGAUGGGUCAUUCCCGGAAGUUGGCACGAUCUGCCACAAGGACAUGCAGGGUGGUUCUGGAUCGGGAAUCGCUCUUACCGCCUACACAGUGGUAGCAUUUCUGGCGAGUGCGGAGUUGGGUGAAAAAUACAAACCGACAAUCAACAAGGCCUUGGCUUACAUUCAGGAUCACAUUUCCGAGCUGAAUGACAUCUAUGCGCACUCGCUGGUAGCAUACGCUCUGCAAAUAGCCGAUCAUUCUCUAAAAACUGAAGUGUUGGCUAGUCUUCGCACAAAAGCAAAGCAGGAGGGAGAUUACUUGUGGUGGAGCAAACCGAUUGUGGAAUCGUCUAAAAGCGACGAGUUCAGGUGUUGGCACCGGCCCUGCUCGGUGGAUGUCGAGAUGAGUGCGUAUGGACUGUUGGCCACGUUGAAAGCAUACGACAUGCUGGAAGGUUUACCCAUCAUGAAGUGGUUGGUUUCGCAGCGUAACGACAUGGGCGGUUUCCAGUCUACUCAGGACACGGUGGUCGGAUUGCAGGCGCUUGCUGAAAUAGCGGCACAGUUGUCCUCUUCGGAGGCGAACAUUUCGGUGAAAGUAACGCUUCCAUCCGGGAUUGAGAAACACGUCACCGUCGAUCGUGACAAUGUGCUGGUGCUGCAGAAGCACGAGCUGCCGGAAGAAACGAAAGAUGUGGAAAUGAUGGCUACCGGUGCCGGGUGUGCUCUGUUCCAGCUGUCCUACAAAUACAACAUCAAGAAAGAGGACAGUAGCCCACGCUUCACGCUGCAUCCCUUGGCCAAGAAAGGAUCGUUGAAGGGCUACAUCGAUCUAUCUGUAUCGACAUGCUUUAUUCCGAAGGAAGAUCAAGCCGUGUCGAACAUGGCCGUUAUGGAGGUGGACAUGCCGAGUGGGUUCAUCGUCGAGAACGAUACACUAGAACAACUGAAGAAGCAUGCACUGGUUAAGAAGGUAGAAACAAAGCGAGGUGAUACGACGGUUGUUUUGUACUUUGAUAACAUCGGCGAGAAGAUGGUGAACCUUGAGCUGGCAGCGUUUCAGAAGCACGAGGUGGAGAAUGCUAAACCCGCGAAUGUUAUCAUUUACGACUAUUACGACAACACUCGUUGUGCGCGAUCAUUCUACAAUAUUGCUGCAUAAUUAUUCAUCGAUCGGAGAUUGCAGCGGGAUAAAAAACGAGGAUUAGCAUUUGUUCAACGGCACUAACCACAACGCUUUUCGAUGUAAUGUGAUAAAAGAUGCAAACAAUAA